AAUCUGUAAUUACUAUCAAUAUAAACACGAGUUUGUUUGUUUAGGUUUUAGUGAAGAAUAGAAUAGAAAUGUCCUUGAGUCCAGGGAAGUUUCUUAGUUUCCUUUUUCACAAACCUUGCUUAUCUCCCAAAAACCUAGAAGUAAAAAACAAUUACUUUCUAGCAGUCCACAAAUUAUAGUUUCCCUGUAAUGUCUUCCAGUUGAUUCUGAUUUCCCUGGGCCACUACCCUCCAGAAUAACCUGCCAUGCUAUUAGAAACAAAGCUUCUUUUAUGACUUCUAAGGCAUUCUAGAAAAAGAACAUCAUGCUAGCUAUUAUAAAGCUUCAGAAGAUUAAAAGAGCAUGCCUUGAAGAGAUGUCCAUCUUUUGCUUUCUCAUUCAUUAAUUCAGAGACCACAUCAGGAGGCUAGCACAUAGAAAUAUUAAUGUGCACUGAAGGAUAUGGAAAAUGACAACCCCCCAAGACAAUGUGACCCAGGAGGAGGGACAGAGGAAGAAGAUAUUGACAACGUGAAGCCAUUGGCGGGUGUAAAAAUUCUAGAUCUAACAAGAGUGCUGGCAGGACCUUUUGCUACUAUGAAUUUAGGAGAUCUUGGAGCAGAAGUUAUAAAAGUGGAAAGACCAGGAGCUGGUGAUGAUACAAGAACUUGGGGGCCACCUUUUGUGGGUACAGAAAGUACAUAUUUUCUCAGUGUUAACCGAAAUAAAAAAAGCAUAGCUGUUAAUAUCAAGGAUCCAAAAGGGGUGAAAAUCAUCAAAGAGCUUGCAGCUGUUUGUGAUGUAUUUGUGGAAAACUAUGUCCCUGGAAAACUGUCCACAAUGGGCCUGGGGUAUGAAGAUAUAGACAAGAUUGCUCCUCACAUCAUCUAUUGCUCCAUCACAGGUUAUGGUCAGACAGGCCCCAUGUCUCAAAGAGCUGGUUAUGAUGCCAUUGCCUCUGCUAUUUCUGGUCUGAUGCACAUCACAGGGCCUGAGGAUGGUGAUCCAGUUCGCCCAGGAGUGGCCAUGACUGAUCUUGCCACUGGCCUGUAUGCAUAUGGAGCCAUUAUGGCUGGAUUGAUACAAAGAUAUAAAACUGGAAGAGGACUGUUCAUUGAUUGUAAUCUACUGUCAUCUCAGGUGGCAUGUUUGACCCAGGUAGCUGUUAAUUAUCUCAUUGGCCAAAAGGAAGCAAAACGUUGGGGCACUGCUCAUGGCAGUAUUGUUCCUUACCAGGCUUUUAAAACCAAGGAUGGCUAUUUUGUAGUUGGAGCAGGAAAUGACCAACAGUUUGCUACUGUGUGCAAGAUCUUGAAUUUGCCUGAGUUGAUUGAUGAUUCCAAGUAUAAAACCAACCAUCUUCGAGUGGAGAAUAGAAAAGAGCUUAUUAAAAUACUAUCUGCACGGUUUGAAGAAGAAAUGACCACUAAGUGGUUAUGUCUCUUUGAAGGCAGCGGGGUCCCAUAUGGCCCAAUCAACAAUAUGAAGGGUGUAUUUACAGAACCUCAGGUGCUACACAAUGGCCUCAUUAUGGAUAUGAAGCAUCCGACUGUGGGGAAGAUUUCAGUCCCAGGCCCAGCUGUGAGAUACAGUAAGUUCAAGAUGUCAGAGGCCAGGCCACCUCCCCUGCUUGGGCAGCACACAACGUGCAUCCUGAAGGAGGUCCUUGGAUACGAUGACAGGGCUGUUGGGGAGCUGCUCAGCGCUGGAGUCGUGACCCAACACAAAACCAAGUGACAAAAGAGAAGCACUCUCUCUCAAAACCACAGUCUGAGUGCACUUUGCUGGUAAAGGUGAUACUCUCUGGAUCCUUCUCCCCAAUCCUGAUGCCAGGAUUUCCUGCCUGGAAUCUUUGCAAUAACUCUGGAAUUAACGAGCCUCGUGCCCUUCAAAUAUACCCCACCUUUUAUUCCCUAACAUUUUCUUUCAGAUGAUGGUUUAAUUGUGGAUUUGUGGAUUUUUUUUAUAAAGAUGUAAUAACUUUGUUUCCAUCCAAUAGAAAUGGUAUAUAUUUAAGGUGACAGAUAUGUUAAUUAGUCUGAUUCAAUCCUUCCAUAAAGUAUAUGUGUAUGAAGCAUCAAAUUAUACCCUGUAAAUAUAUACAAUUACUGUUUGUAAUUGUAUAUACAAUAUACAAUUCAUUAAAAAUGAAUCAAACUUAAA